GCGCGUCACCCUGCCCAACUACGACAACCUGCCCGGGACCCUGAUGCUGCUGUGCCUGGGGCUGCAGCUGGGGGACAGGGUGCGCCUGGACAGCGGCAAGGUGGGCACGCUCCGGUUCUGCGGCACCACGGCCUUUGCCAGCGGGCAGUGGGCCGGCGUGGAGCUGGACGAGCCCGAGGGGAAGAACGACGGCAGCGUGGGGGGCGUCCGCUACUUCAUCUGCCCCCCCAAAACCGGGGUCUUCGCCUCGGUGUCGCGCAUCUCCAAGGCCGAGGAGCAGCCCCCGGCGCCGUCGCCCCCCCCGAGCCCCCCGGGACCAGGGAGGGACAAUGGGGAACAGGGGGGACCUGGAGGGGACACGAGGGGACACAGGAGGGACACUGGGAUGGGGGGACAGUGGGGUCACAGGGAGGUCGCAGGGGGUCACAGGUCACAGGGGACACAGGGGGGUCACAGGGGGGACACAGUGGGGUCACAGGGGACACCGAGGGGACACUGUGGUGACACCGUGUCCCCGUGUCCCCCCAGAGUCGGGGGUCCCAAGGAGGAGCCCGGGGAUGGCACCAAUGAAAAGAAGGCACCGCCCGUCACAGUGUCACAGCCCAAGCGCUUCCCGGCCGUGCGGACCCCCAAGGACAUCACAUCCGAGAGCUCCUUCUCCAGGCUGCUGUUCUGCUGCUGGUUCCCGUGGAUGCUCCGGGCCGAGAUGCAGUCCUAACCCCUCCCCCACCCCUCCCCUCC